AUGUCACAAGAACCUUAUUGGACAAUAACUCAUGGUCAUGCAAAUCGUACUGGAUGGAGUUGUCGCGAAUGUCGCACUGUAAUAUAUCAAGGCGAGCCAAUUGUGAUACGUGAUGGACGCAAACUUCGAUUAAUGUAUCAUGAACAUUGUUAUAGUGGUGGUUCAGAUCCGCGCACACAAACCGGUAGUUCGUAUCAUGACCAAAAAUGGACAGAUGCUCAAUCUAUCCAAGAAAAAGCACCGCCUGUUAAGGGACACGGCAAAUGGAGUUGUACUGAAUAUGGUUAUAAAGGUGACUUGUAUACAACUUCUUCCAAUGUCAAAACUACAAAAUCUACCACAUCACGAUCACCAAUUCGGAAAACAGGAUAUUCGAAUUCACUGAAGAAAAAUGACUAGUAUAUCAUAUUAUGAGAAAUUGCAUGAUCUACGAUUAAUUAAAAGUAGUCAUGAUUCAAAUACUAUGUUUUAUAGUUUUUUUUAUUUAUUUAAAAUAAUCGAGGGGUGGGUGUGGGUGUUAUUUUUAUAAUACACUCACAUCCACACCCUCAAGAUAUCAACCAUCGAUAAAUAUUUUUAUAAAUUAAUUAUUCUGGUUCUCCUUCAGUUAAUUUCAUGUAAUGAUGCAUCAUCCUGUAAAUUUUCUAGAAAUAUAGAUUCAAAAGGAGUACAACAACAACUACAAAUAGAAUCUUGGGGUUCUGAUAGUGUUCGAAUACGUCUUAGUCCAGAUAUAACUAUCUAAACUCCAGAUUAUCAAGCAUUACUUUCAGAUAAAGCAAUUCUAAAUAAAGAAGAUUGUCAACAAUUAAAUAGAAAUACCUUUAUUAAAGAUAGUUUGCGAAGAUUUUUCUAACAAUGAAAAAAACACGCUCGAUUUAUUUUCUAACAUAUAUCAUUUUCGAUUUAUUUUUGACCAAAGAAAAUUACCUCGAUUUAUCCUUUGCUUUUUUUGUAUAAAUACCUUUGUUUUUCGUCAUUCUUGUAUAAAAUUACAAAGCUGACUAACAUGUCUGAUGAAAAUCAAACAACCAAACCACUUAUCACUUCAAAACUGUCCAGAUCUUCGUCAAAUUCUUCAAAAACAAAUUCAAAACCGGUAACUAAUAACAAAUUAUUUGUUACAGGAUUGUUGAAUUUAGACGAAAAAGAUCUAAGCGAAUAUUUUGCACAAGUUGGUU